UUUUUGUUGUAAGUAAACUAGUAUAUGACCGAAUGGUGGGCUGGCCCGUUUGUUGAUUCGGCUUUUGGACAUCGUCGAGGAAGCGUCGAGCAGUUGCGGCAAGCUCCUAGUUUAAAGCAUCUGUUUGAAACCAACGAGGAAACGAAUUUCUAGUGCACAUUCACGGUGUUGGCCUUUACUAUUUUCUAAAGCCGAUUAACGUGAAGAGUGAAACUAAAAGUUCUUUCCUCGGGCGGGGCCAAACUGUGCUAAAUAACUAAAAGGAAUUCUUGCGCGUUCUUCUGUACGUUGCAGACUCGACCUUCCCUCUCCGAGAAUGCUGGUUACAUUUGCGGUGUCGCGAUCGGACGUGAUUCGCAAGGUGGCCAAUUCUUUUGCUAUCGUCAUUGUCCUCUUUCAAAUCUUGAUGGAUGUGAACGGAUAUCCCAUCAUUGGAGAACCAUUUAUUAAGGAUGCACCCUUUACUCCGGAAGCUACUGCAGUACCAACGAGUUCAUCCACUUUGGAAGAAAGUCCGUCUCCAUCCACGACAGUAGCUCCGAAAGUGUUGAAUCCUUCAACUACAUCCGCUCCGGAAUCGGGGACAUUACUUUCAUCCACGACGUCAGCCUCGCCUUUAUUGACGGUGAAAACUCAUCCACCGGAAUUGAUGUCUUUCACAGCAGGAGUUCCAGAAACCAGUUCUUCUUCGGACUCUACUACGUCAUUGCCUGUUAGCACGGAGCGUACCACAAGUGCGGAAACAUUCGGCGCCGCUGAAGACGACACUAUGUUUGAACAUUUUACGUUGAAACCGCAAAUCAUAAAAGCCAAACCAGUCUGGACCCACAAAGAUACCACGGGUUGGCACAGUCAAUUUCCGACUUGCGGAGGUCUUCAGCAAUCUCCGAUUGACAUCCAGCCAAAAUCGACCGUCCUAACAGCUUACCCGAAAUUUACGUUCCACAAUUAUGGCAACAUCGAGAACAUGGAAUUAAUAAACAACGGGCAUAGCGCCGUGUUCAACUUACCACCAGACUACCCCAUAGAUGACAUGCCUCACAUUACUGGCGGUGGAUUGGAAAAUACUUUCGCAUUCGUUCAAUUUCACCUGCACUGGGGAAACAAUUCGAGCCAAGGCAGCGAGCACCUCAUCAAAUCUAAAGGCUAUCCAGCUGAGAUGCAUAUGGUUCAUUUUAACACCAAGUACGGAUCGUUCGCCGAGGCCAGUAAAUACGAAGACGGUGUGGCCGUCUUGGCUAUUUUCCUCAAGGUGGGGUCGAGUGACAGCCAAUCUUUCCAGCCUCUGGUCGAACAACUCGGAGAAAUAGCCAAAGAUGGUGACGAAGUAAUUCUAAGAAAUCCGAUUUCGCUAAGCAAUUUGUUGCCUGGACGGACUUCAUCUUUUUACCGAUACAGCGGCUCGUUGACAACUCCCGCCUGCCAACAAAUCGUUAUCUGGACUAUUUUUGAUACCCCUUUGGAAGUUUCGGAAAAUCAGCUCGAAAAAUUCAGGCACCUAAAAGGCGAUGACGGUACAAAUAUGGUUAACAACUUCCGUCCGACCUUGCCCGUGAACGGACGGACAAUCUUUUACAGAUCGUUCACUGGUUGUGAAAUAUCACGAUCAUGGCCGAUCACGUCGUCCCCUUUCUCAGAAGCUUUCAAGUGGAGUAAAUGCCUGAUGGGCUUCGCUUACAAGUCGGCCGCUCCAUCGUUGUAGUGCGUUUUUUCUUGCACGUCUUUUGGUUUGAAUGUAUAAGCGACGAAUUGAAUGAAUUUGAUCACUUGUUGACAGAUAAUACGCUCGCAUUCCACUGAAAGUAAUUCCUAACGUAGUGUCAAAACGUUGAUAUUUUCGAAUGAUCACAAUCUUCUAGUAGUCGAGAGAGAAAAAUUUAAUUUAUAAGAAGAACCAAGAGAAAAACAAAAACAAACGAGACGUGCUAAUUUAUCAGGCCAAUUUUCCCUGUACGAUUUAAGGAUAUUCUCAGACAAUUUCUAUCCGUAAGGAUAAUUAACGCACGAAAAGACAUUCAAUUGGAUACACAAUCGGGAAAGAUGGACCCCCCACUUUAUCUUCUUGUCCCCAAUACCUUUGUUCUCUCAUUUCAUCACUUUGGGCUGUCAACACGCUCUGUGAAUUUACAUAUAUACAUUACUGAACAUUUGACAUUGUAUGGCUGUCUGUAUGGAUGUAACCUAUUCGAUAUUCAACUACAUAUAAAUAUACUAUAACAGUGUA